UUCAUGUUUUUUCCCUUAUUUUUCUCAUUGUCAAUAAUUUCACUGAGCCAGGAUGGCCUUCUUUUGGAGCUUUCCUUCUGUUCCAUUGCUUGGCCUCCUGUCUCUCUUCCUUACCACCACCCUUCCGCCGCCCUCAAACGCAGCCCUCAUCACCACCACCAACCUCCGCUUUCGAAAGCCAUCCACCAUCACAGUCAAUGUCCCAGUCUUCCGCGAGGCCCCAGCUUUUCGAAAUGGUGAGACAUGUGGAUCCCCCUCCAUAGACCGCAUUCAUGUUGCAAUGACACUCGAUGCAAGUUAUUUAAGAGGCACAAUGGCUGCUGUUUUGUCAAUCUUGCAACAUUCUACUUGCCCUGAAAAUGUUGUGUUCCACUUUCUUUAUGUGAGAAAUGAACCAGAGGUCUUUUCAAGUAUCAAAUCCACUUUCCCUUAUCUCAAUUUCAACGUGUAUCGAUUUGAUUCGAGAAGGGUGCUAGGUUUAAUAUCGAAGUCGAUUCGCCAAGCUUUAGAUCAACCUUUGAACUAUGCAAGAAUUUAUCUAGCAGACAUAUUGCCGGUCGAUAUUAAGCGCUUGAUUUAUCUUGAUUCCGAUCUUGUUAUGGUGGAUGAUAUUGUGAAACUAUGGGGUGUUGAUUUGAAUGACAAAGUAUUGGCUGCACCAGAGUAUUGUCAUGCAAAUUUUACUAAUUAUUUCACCGAUGCCUUUUGGUACGACCCUGUCUUAUCAAGAACGUUUGAAGGACGUAAACCAUGCUAUUUCAAUACCGGAGUAAUGGUCGUGGAUAUGAAUAAGUGGAGACGGGGGAAAUAUAUUCAAAAAGUUGAGUAUUGGAUGGUUGUGCAAAAGAACAAAAGGAUAUAUCAGUUAGGUUCAUUGCCAUCAUUCUUGCUCGUUCUUGCUGGUAAUAUAGAGCCAGUUCAUCAUAGAUGGAAUCAGCAUGGAUUGGGGGGAGACAACAUUGAAGGGAAAUGUAGAAGUUUGCAUCCCGGUCCGAUAAGCCUACUCCAUUGGAGUGGCAAAGGGAAGCCAUGGUUGAGGCUUGACUCGAGAAAACCUUGCAAUGUUGAUCAUUUGUGGGCUCCUUAUGAUCUUUAUCGUCCAUCGAAACAUUCCUUUGAAGAAUGACAAUAAUCAAUGGCAUGUUUGGCUUUGCUUAAUAAUAGUCAAAAGAAGCCACUUCUUGGCUAUUAUUCACCUUAUGAAAAGACGAUGUUUCUUUCUAUCUUUUAAGCACAGUCGAACAUGCAUACUAGGGACUUGGAAAUUGAAAGACGUGGAAGAUAUAGAGGGACAUAUUAGGAGGACAGAAAGCUCAUAUACAAUUCCAUUUAGAAAAGAUGUUAAAAAAAAUGAAAAAUUUAACAAAAGGGAAAAAUCUUACGAAUUUUCAAUAUUUAUUUUUCACUACGAAACAGAGAUAGCAAAAGGUUUUAUUUUGAGAAAGAAAAUGGAGGGUAAGAAUAGAUUUGAAUUUCUUCCCAGUGGCAAAAGUGUGGAGUCUUAUUUCAAGUUUUGAUUUUGGCAAUCAGAUAAUUCAUGACCC